UUCUCCAAAAAGAAAAAAAAAGUCAUAACAAAUAAACCACGAGGACUGUGAGAGAAUUUGGGAAAAUAUUUAAAAUUUAUGAAUUAAACAUUUCCAUACGUCUUCGUUGAGGAUAUUUAUUCAACCUUGCAAUGGGAAAAGGUGGAAAAUAUUUAGGAAAAAAGAAACGAGGCCCGCAGCGGCCUACAACAAAAAGGAAAAAGAAGGAACCUAAAGAUAAAGAAAUUGUAAACAAAAAAGCUUUAUUCAAUAGGUAUAAGAACAAACAGAAAGUGGAAGAGGAGAUCGCCAAGAAGAAGAAUCUUGACCACCGACUACAACUGCAGCAGAGACAGGUUACUCACUCUGAGAGUGAAGAGGAAGAGGAGGAUGCUUUUGGUCAACUAGUGUCAUGUUUUAGCAACAAAGCGUCGAGGAAGCCCGCCGUAGUGAGUGAGAGCGAGUCCGAGGAGCAGUCCGGUGACGACGACGGCAGCGACGCGGACAUGGCGGCGGCGCCGGCCGCGGGUCCGCCUGCCGCCGACAGUGACGACAUGCAGGCCGAGUCAGAUGAUGAUCACGAUGACGAAGAUGAUGACGCUAAUGAGAUUGAAGAAGAUUCAGAAUCUGAUGCAAACCUGGAAGAAAAUGAAGAGCCUGUAGAUGAUCCAUUCACACAACACUAUGCUCAUGACCUCAGUGAUGAGCUGCUGGUGUCGCUGGCCAACACCCCGGUGGCGUGCGACCAAGUCUCCAAGUCAUGGCCCGUCCUAGGAAAUAUCUCCAUCACAAUACCAAAACCAGUUUCAACUCUUUCAAAAAAAGUGAAACCCAAAAUGUCUAUAUUAGAAGAAAAAGUUUUUGCAGCUCCAGGCACUGUACCUCAUAUUAUAAACCACAUCGAUUUUAACAAGUUACACAUUAAACCACAAAUACAGAAUAGUUUAGUUUCUGCCAACAAAUUAAACUUAAUAAAAAAAGAUUUAGAACUAACAGAAAUGUUAACACCACUGCAAAAGGAACUGUUUUCUGUAAUGAAUAAUUACCAAGACUUGUACUAUCCUGAGAGGAGUUUCACGAAUGCUGAUGAGAUCCGGUUCACCUACUGUUUACAUGUUGCCAACCACAUGCUGAAGACUAGAACUAAGAUUCUACACCAUAAUGCAAAGUUGGCCAAGAAGCCAGAUACAACUGAAGAAUACAGAGACCAAGGACUUGUGAGGCCUAAGGUAUUAAUAGUGGUUCCCUUCAAAGAUGCAGCCUACAGGGUGGUGAACACAUUGAUGGACAUACUGAUGCUGAAAGAGGCCGGACAAGUUGUCAAUAAAAACAGAUUUGAAGAAGACUUCACAGGGGGUGAAAUUGUCAUGCCAAGGAAGAAUCCUAAGCCUGAGGACUAUGAGUUAUUAUUCAGUGGCAACUCAGAUGAUACUGUCAGACUGGGAAUGACUUUAACAAAGAAAACUUUAAAGUUAUACACAGACUUCUACUCAUCAGACAUAAUAGUGGCAUCUCCCCUCGGGCUGCGCAUGAUAGUGGGCGCGGAGGGCGAGGAGGACCGCGACUACGACUUCCUGGCGUCCAUCGAGCUGCUGGUGCUGGACCAGGCCGACGUGUUCCUCAUGCAGAACUGGGACCAUCUGCUGCACGUGAUGGACCACCUGCACUUGCAGCCGCAGAAGACUCACGGCACAGACUUCUCGAGGGUCCGCUCGUGGGCGGUGAAUGGAUGGGCGAAGUAUUACAGACAAACCCUGCUAUUCUCGUCGGUGGACCUGCCCGAGAUCAAGGCGGUGAUGAACCGCAAGUGCCAGAACUACCGCGGGCGCGCGCUGGCGGCGGCGGCGGCGGCGGCGGCGGCGGGCGGGCGCGGCGCCAUCCGCCAGGUGCUGCUGCAGGUGCCGCAGGUCUUCCACAGAUUCAACGCAUCAUCUCCCCUAGACGCAGUCGAAGCCCGCUUCCAGUACUUCGUCAAGUCGGUCCUGCCGGCGGCCCGCGACGCGCUCAUGGGCCACACGCUGCUGUAUGUGCCCAGCUACUUCGACUACGUGCGCCUGCGCAACCAUUUCAAGAAGGAGGAUGUCAGUUUUGUGCAGAUCUGCGAGUAUUCUAAGGACGGCAAGAUAGCCCGCGCGCGCGACAUGUUCUUCCACUCGGAAGCCCACUUCCUGCUGUACUCGGAGCGAGCUCACUUCUACCGGCGCCUGCGCGUGAAGGGAGUCCGCCAUGUGGUCUUCUACCAGCCGCCCACCUACCCGCACUUCUACUCCGAGAUAUGCAACCUUAUGCAGGAGUCGAACCAAAACAAGUAUGGCGGCAGUGAGUUCAACAUGAGUGUGACAGUGUUAUACUGCAAGUACGACCUGCAGCGGCUAGCGGGGGUGCUGGGAGCCCCGCGCGCCGCCGCCGCCGCCGCCGCAGAGAAACAACUGCACAUGUACAUGACCGGGGACUAGUUGUGAAGCUUGUAUGUACUGUUUGUUGAUAUUAUAUGAAAAUUUAUUUCGACA